AUGACUGAUCAAAGCUGUCAUAUGAGUAAUGAAAAUUCAUUGGAUGUAAAUAAAGAGGGAGAGGCCGAAGGGACUGAGGCCGAUGGGACUAAUGAAGUAUCAGAUGAUGAAGAAGGAGUUGAGGAGCCAAAACCUAGUAUGGAGUUUGCCACUGAUAAAGAGCUUAUGGCCUAUUACAAGCGAUAUGCCAAACAACAAGGUUUUGGUGUUAUAACACAAAGGACGAAGAGAGAGGCAUAUGGGAGUGCUAAGUAUCUGACUAUUGGGUGUGCGAGGGGCGGCAAGUAUCAUCCUAGCCAUAGUAGUAUCUUGAGGCCAAGACCAACAACUAAAACAGAUUGUAAGGCCCAGAUAAAUGCUUAUUUGGUGAAGGGUGUAUGGGUGGUGAUCACUGUUGAGAUUGCCCAUAAUCAUAGUACCGUUAGCCCACAGAAGUCUAGGUUCUUUAGAUCGCACAAAUGUUUGGAUGAAUACAGUCAAAGGAUGCUAGAUUUAAAUGACAGAGCAGGUAUUCGAAUGAACAAGAAUUUCGAAGCACUUGUUGUUGAUGCGGGGGGGUUUGAGAAUCUAGAUUUCCAAGAGAAAGACUAUCGAAAUUUUAUUGACAAAGCCAGACAAUUAAGGUUGAGUAAAGGAGGUGGUGAUGCACUUACUAACUACUUUAAUAGGAUGAGGUUGAUGAAUGAUGGCUUUGUUUCUGUUGUGGAUGUGGAUGAAGACUUGAGAAUCAAAAAUGUAUUAUGGGCUGACGCAGGAAGUCGAGCAACGUAUGAGUAUUUUGGAGAUGUUAUCACUUUCGAUACGACAUAUCUAACAAAUAGAUACGGUAUGCCUUUCGCUCCCUUUUUUGGGGUCAACCAUCAUGGGCAGUCUAUACUGUUAGGGGCUAGUUUGAUUUCAAGUGAGGACACAACUACUUUUGUUUGGUUGUUUCGCGUAUGGUUGUAG